CAGUUGAACGGAGACAAGCUGGACGGCGAUCUCCGCGCGCGCGAUCAAAAUCGGUGAACAAGUUCAGUCCAGGUUUGUGGGUCAGCACUGUCGAAGCGCAGCAAAGAGUGAAAGUGCAAAAAUUAAAAGCAAACAUGAAGUCACUUGCUGCGUCUGGAGUUGCGUUGCUGUUGCUGGCGUCGUCGGUCGGUCUUAGCUGCGCGCAAGAUUUCAAAGGCGCCAUCGAUGUGUGCACGAAGGAGUUCGAGAUGGAUAUGGACGUGGUCAUAUCGCUCAAGUAUGGCGAUUUCAGCGAGCGUGAUCCCCUGAUAGAGUGCUUCACCGAGUGCUUGAUGAAACGAUCCGGCUUCAUGUUCGAUGACUUUACGUACAACAAAACAUUAAUCAUCGGUUUCGCUGGCCGCUAUCUGGAGCCCGAGGGUGCCCAGUACGUUUACGACAACUGUAUAGACAAAUUCGGAACGACGGUGUGCGUGACCGGGUUCGAAAUGUAUCAAUGCAUACACGAGACAGCCGUGGCCGAAUGGGUCGAUAGUAAUUUUUAGUGCGGGUAAUGUGCGUCAAAAGAGGACAAUGAGUAUUGUGUGCGCGAGAGUGCCGUUUCACACCGGCUGUGUUUCUUGAACUGCCCAUCGAAAGUUGUUUUCGAGAUUUUGCAGAUUUCAAAUGUGUCAGUUUUUUGUGUAGAUUAGAGUAGUUUUAUAUUUAUUUAAUUUAUUAAUUAAUUUAUUUAUUUAUUAUCUUAAGAACAUUCUUCUUGGGGAUAUUUCAGAGAUUUUAAAGCAUAGGAUUUUAGAUGGUAGAAAUAUCAAAUCUAUUUCCUGAUCAUAGGUCAAUAAAACACCAACUUUGAUGUUCAAAGUCAGACAUUUUUAUACGUAAAGCUUUAAUAAUCCUUAAGAAAUUAUUAUUUUGACAUUACGUUCAUUUAGCUUAAGAAAUGCUGAAUGUAUUGCAUUAAUAAACAUAAUAUUUAUAAUAAAAUCGCCUAUUGGAAU